AUGGUCAAAUCCCGACAAUGGCUACUGGCGAAGAAGCCUACGGACAUGCCACAACUUGACGGACCGGACGCCACGUUCAAGCUCACAGAGAAAGACCUGCCUGAACCCAAGGACGGCGAGAUUGUCGUCAAGGCCGUGUAUCUCUCCAACGACCCAGCCCAACGCGGAUGGAUUUCUCCAGACAUCAACCCCGAACGCCUCUAUGUCCCACCCGUAAAGGAAGGCACACCCAUGCACGCGCGUGCCAUUUCUGAAGUCAUCGAAAGCAAGUCGUCGUCUUUCAAGAAAGGAGACUGGGUCUUCUCUUCGACUGGAUGGAGCGAAUAUGGAGUCGUCCCUGCAUCAUCGUGCCAACCUGCUCCUGAGUUGCCAGGAGGUAUGAGCCGGACCCACUACCUAGGUGCUCUCGGAGGAACAGGUAUGACAGCCUGGUUCGGUCUCACCGCCGUCGCCCAGAUCACCAAGGACGAUGUUGUCGUCAUCUCCGGUGCUGCAGGUGCUACAGGCAGCAUGUGUGUGCAGAUCGCCAAGAACAUCAUCGGCUGUAAGAAAGUCAUCGGAAUCGCUGGGACGGACGAGAAGUGCAAAUGGGUCGAGUCCCUCGGCGCCGACACGUGCCUGAACUACAAGAAAUCCAGCUUCGCGGACGACUUGACGAAAGCGACACCGGAAUUCGCAACCGUCUACUUCGACAACGUGGGCGGCGAGAUCCUAGACUUGAUGCUAACCCGUAUGGCGAAGCAUGGCCGUGUCGCUGCUUGCGGCGCCAUCUCCAACUACAACUCCUCCAAGGAACGUGCGACGGGAUUGAAGAACUGGUUCGAGAUCAUCAGUAUGCGCAUCCAGGUCCGCGGCUUUAUCGUCUUGGACUUCAUGGACAAGGUCCCAGAGGCGAGGGAAGUGUUCACGAAAGCGUUGCAGGAGGGCAAGCUGAAGGUGGAGGGUAGCGAGCACAUUGUUGAGUGUGGGUUUGAGGAUGUGCCAAAGACUUGGAUGCAUUUGUUCGACGGGACGAACCAAGGGAAGCUGAUUACUAAGUUGCAGUAG